UAGAAAACAACGCUGGCCCUUUAAGACGGGAGUUCUCGCUGCACUGGCGACCGUUCCGCGGGUUUACAGAGCUCGAGACAGUAUCAGUACCAAGCGGACUCGCGCACACAUGAGAUAGAUGGAAUUAUAACAAUGGAAUAUCACUGCGUUCUGUUUACUGUUUUGUUACAGUUAAUCGUCCAACCAGGAAGGUCCAGACCCACUAUCACUCCGGAUGGACCCUGGCUCAUAGUUCCACUGAAUGGUGACUUCAGCUUGCGUUGCCAGAGCAACAGUUCGGUGCGCUGGCUGCGAGAAGAUCGUCCAUCACGGACACUGAAGUGGGAACAUGAGGGCCAACUGACAAUUCUUAAAGUGACCAAAGCCGGCCCACUACACAUGGGCAAAUAUUCAUGUCAGGAGGAGAGAUCUGAUGAAAAGAGCUCCAUCUAUGUAUAUGUUAAAGCAUUCCUCUCAGCAGAUCCUGAAAAUCCCUUCAGGAGGGGCAUCGUGUUUGACAUUGUUGCGAGAGAAGGACACACAGCCACAAUCCCAUGCUUGCCGACGGACCCCAAUAUGUCAGACUUGCACCUGGAGAAAUGCGACGGACGGCCCCUGCCUAACAGUCUGCGAUAUUCAUCCAGCAUUGAGACGGGUGUGGCAUUGGAAGAUGUUAGGAAGCACUUUGAGGGAUGUUAUAUCUGCGUCGGAACUUUGGCAGGAGCCACAGUUAAAUCUGGAGAAUAUCAACUUAAUGUCCGCCUCGUUCCAGAUGCACCACCUCUGAUCACACUGGGUCAGCCUCAAAGAAUGCUGCUCACCCAAGGGGAAAAGCUCUCCCUAUCCUGCUCCACCUCAAAUGUCAACAGUGACAUCACAAUCAAGUGGAAGUCUCCAAGUGGAGUGCAACCAUCAGUGCAGCAAGCAUCCCACCUCCUGACUGAGCCUAUAUCCCAUGUGCGAACAGCCACCCUCAACCUGGUCUCUGUGACGCUACGGGAUGCAGGGAGUUACAGCUGUGAGGCAAUGAAUGAGAGAGGGACAAGUGCAAAAUCAGUCUGGGUUGACAUAUAUGGUAAAGGCUUUAUUAACCUAACAAGUGUGGAGAACAGCACUAAGAGAGUGCGGGCUGGGGAAAGUCUGUCCCUGCGUUUGGUAAUGGAUGCUUACCCGAAACCUCACACAUUCUCUUGGAGCUACAGUGGAGUAAAACUUACCAAUACUACUGAUCAUGUCAUUACCAGCCAGUCACAUGGGAACAGUUACACCAGCGAGCUGAAACUGGUGCGUCUCAAGGUGUCAGAGAGUGGCGUGUACACCUUUUCAUGCUCGAACCAAGGCGCAACUGUCCAUCAAACAUUCGAAGUCCAUGUCAUAAGUAAACCGCAGAUUGUGUCUCAUGAAGGCCCUAUUGAUGGACAGGUGCGCUGUGUGGCUGAGGGUUACCCCACCCCUCAGAUCCGGUGGUAUUACUGCGACCAACCACAUUCACGGUGCUCAAAUUUGCUGAAUGCCACUCAAGAGGAGGAGGAUGUUGUCACCGUAACUAUGACGAAUCCACCCUUUGGGAAGGGCGCAGUGGAGAGCCGUCUAAACAUCACCAAGAACAAUUACCCCACCCUUGAAUGUGUGGCAUCUGCCAACGGAGAAAUCGUUUACACUCUCUUCUCAAUCAGUGAGAGUACUGUUCCUCAUGAGCUCUUCACACCGCUACUCAUCGGUUUUGUUGCUGCGGCAGUUAUCCUUGUUCUGAUCCUUAUUGUGCUCUCCUACAAGUACAUGCAGAAACCCAAAUACCAGAUACAGUGGAAAGUCAUAGAGGGCAUUCAUGGAAAUAGUUAUGUGUACAUUGAUCCCACCCAGCUUCCAUAUGACCACCAAUGGGAGUUUCCCAGAGAUAAGCUGCGAUUUGGAAAAACUCUUGGAUCUGGAGCAUUUGGGAAGGUGGUGGAGGCCACUGCUUAUGGAAUGUCCAAGGCAGACACAGUGAUGACUGUAGCUGUGAAGAUGCUGAAACCAAGUGCUCAUGCCACUGAGAAAGAGGCUCUGAUGUCAGAGUUGAAGGUGCUUAGUUAUCUUGGCAACCAUAUUAACAUUGUCAACCUGCUAGGUGCCUGCACUGUUGGAGGUCCAACACUAGUUAUAACAGAGUACUGCUGUUUCGGUGACCUGUUGAACUUCCUGCGCAGAAGGAGAGAAUCCUUCUACUACUCUACACUGGGAGAAGACCCUUACUAUAGAAAUGUCAUGCUACAGCCAGAAGCAAGCAAGAGCAGGAAUGGGUACAUGACCAUGAGGCCCUCGGUAAUGGGAAUUCUGUCUUCAGAAAAAAGAUCCCUUAAUAAAGGUGAUUCAUACAGUGAUUCAGAUGCUGUCAGUGAGAUUCUGCAGGAAGAUGGUUUGACUCUGGACACUGAGGAUCUUCUCAGCUUCUCCUACCAAGUCGCCAAAGGAAUGGAUUUCCUGGCAUCCAAAAAUUGUAUUCACAGAGACCUGGCAGCCAGAAACAUUCUCCUCACCCAAGGCCAAGUGGCCAAGAUCUGUGACUUUGGACUGGCUCGGGACAUCACUACUGACUCAAACUAUGUUGUCAAGGGCAAUGCUCGUCUCCCGGUAAAGUGGAUGUCCCCCGAGAGCAUCUUUGAGUGUGUGUACACCUUCGAGAGUGACGUCUGGUCUUAUGGCAUCCUGUUGUGGGAGAUCUUCUCUCUCGGAAGUAGUCCCUACCCAGGCAUGCCUGUGGACUCUAAAUUCUAUAAGAUGAUCAAGGAGGGAUACCGGAUGGAGUCACCAGAAUUUGCCCCAAGUGAAAUGUACGAGAUCAUGCACUCAUGCUGGGAUGCCGACCCCUUUAAGAGACCCUCGUUUAGGAAGAUAGUGGAAAAGAUCGAACAGCAAAUCUCAGACAGCACCAAACAUAUUUACUUAAACUUCAGCUCCAAGUUUCCAGUGGCACCAUGGCCUCGUGAGGAGUCGAGUUCUCAUGUCCUUCGGCUAAACUCUGUCGGAAGUCACAGUACCACUACUCAGCCCCUGCUCUCUGGCGACGAUGUCUUUUUGGAGGGAACAGGGCCUCAUCACCCUCCAGUGUGAAGAUCCCAUUCCCUGUUCUCACCCAACUAGGGGUUCGGGAAAGUGGCAUUCAUCUAUUGAGACUCUUAGCCCUAACCAAGGAUCAUUAUAGCUGUCUGGCAUACAUGAGGACUUUGGUGGAAAACACUGAUCACAAGUCAGAGAAGAGUCAUAUUCUUUCCAUUACAUUUCUUGUAGAUUGUGUAUAUAAGACUCCCGCCAGAUAUGGCAGUGAUGGUGUUCAUACCCAUCAACAUUUCAUGUAUUCUUUGGAUUUAUUAUGGGACAUAGUUAUUGAGUCUAUGCUGGUAUCACUCCAUGGUACUAUCUCCAACGAGAGUCUGCAGGAGGCCUGAACUUGUUUAAAUCUCUAUGCUUUAAAAUUUGCUACGUUAUCAUAUUAUAUGUGAUAUUUUAACAUACUAAUGCUUCAUUUGCUAAUUGUCAAGACUUUAAGCGUGACAGAAGUCGAACAGGUUUAAGACCAAGACAAGGAAAUAUAAAUGUACUGUUGGAGCCAUUUUAAUGGUGACUAUUGGGGGCGCUGUGGGUAGCCAUGGUAACAUAUUUAAGUUCAGGACUAAUUGUUACAGGUGUGGCGCACAGCGAGGUCUAUUGUUUUUUGACCGUUAGCAGGGUAAAGGUGGUGUGUUUAUUUUGAGGAGAUAGCCUACUUUGUUUGUUAUAAUUUGAGUUAUAGUUUGAAAAUAAAUGGAUUGGCAAAUCCGAUUUUAAGUUUUGGCCUUUUGAAAGUUUUUUUGGGCACGCCAUCUACACCAGAGCACACGCGUACAUUGCUGGACCGAAAAACAAACGGUGCGCCAACAUGUACUUUUAAAGAUUGGAGGAAAGUCAGACUUCAACUGGGUGUCUUUUGGACAUCUAGAUUGACCUGAAUUUUUAGCAGAAAAAUGCACCUAUAAGAAAACACUUAUGUGUUGAAUAUAACUUAAUAACUGAGACUGUAAAAGGGUGUUUUUGUGAAAGAAAAAAAAAAGCUUUGCAUCCGUGUGAAUCCCAGUUAUUUUACUAUUAACUAUUUUGCAGAUCAUUCCUCUUGUACAUUCAAAUAUCAAACACAUCAAAGGCUCCAUUAUUUGGAGAGCACAUGUUAAUGCAGAAAUGACUCAGUUUUGUACCUUUGGCAGCACGAUAACAUUGCUGCGCAGGCCAAAAAUGAUAUGCUUAUUGCAUAUUGUGUUUAGCUGAGAAUUGAAAGUAUUUCGUCAGUCGGCAGCUCAGUCUAAAGAACUGUCACUUUUAAAUGGUCUGAUAUAAGGCACACUAUAAGAAAGGUGUUCAAAAAGUUAAAGACAAUUGUUUACUGUAAACACUAAAUUUUUUGGUUACAGUAUUAUAUUCAUUUGGGACAGUGAAAUGAUCCAGUGAAGCAUUCAUUUAAGCUUAAUGAGGCAUCAAACUUUUAGAAAGUGUUUUAGGGAUCACAUUAAAUAUUGUCAUUCAAUGGCGGCUUCUCCCACAUCUUAAAUUCUUCAAUUUUGAGGCUAAUUUAAAUAUUUAUUCAAGAAUCAUUUCAUUUGUAUGGCAUAAACAAAGCUUGGCCCCAUUUUUACACCACUGAAGUCAACACAUUGAUAAUCCUUCAGUAGUUUUCAAAAGUGGUUAUGUAUUAUGUGGCUCUGUAACUAUAAUGGUGGACCGAAGAAGAACAGUAGCUUUUGUAGCAUUGGUUCUUUUCAUUGCAUAUUUUGUGAAGCUGGAAGAGAGAAGUAGUGCUCUUUUGUACAUUUGUAAAUUAUUUGCUCUAGCUUUUUCUGUGUGUGAUAAGUUCUGUUUGUACAUAAAACAAUUUUUGCUGUUGUGGUCAUCACAGAAACAAGGCAGGGGCUCAAGAUACAAGACUGUUUAGCGAACAGUUGGCUUUGAGAUUGCAUCGUUGCUUUGUUAUCUUGUGUUUCUAGAAAUCGUGGGUUAUUAUAUUUUACAGACUUGACUCAGUUCCUCUGACUUCUACUUACCACAUCAACUGUUGUGCCUAACAGAUUACAUGAUUUUCUCUGCUCUUUGGCCAAUAGGAAUCUUGCUGUUGAAGUUGAAGCCAACAGAAAGCUUCUGCUGUGUAGAAAUGGGUGCCAAUGGCUUCUUGCUCUCUGUAGGAAUAGCCAAUGAAGGAUCUGCCAAUAGAGGAGAAUAAAAGUGAGAGGCUUUCUGUUAGUUAGAUUAUUGAGCCAAUAGGAGUCUCAUUUCAUUAUGGAUCUGCCAAAGGGAAAAGGGCAGAGUAAUCUUCUGAAUAUGAGCUACAUACUGAAUGAUGCCAUCAACAGCAACCGCAGAACUCAGAGCUGUCUAACCGUCUAGGCGCUCAGUCAGUAGCUAAUUUCCCAGGUCUCCCUCUGUUCUUUGUGUCCAGCUGCUUCCUCCGGCGGAUGUUUCACUUCCACAAAGUCUCAGCCGGGGAGAUCCAUCUCAGCCCAUCUCCCAUCUCCAGUGCUCCCCCUUCCUUCUCGCCACACUGGAACAUUGUUUUAGAUGGGCACUGACUUUCGCUUCCAUUUGCGCUAAUGUGUUUGUGUGUAUGAAUGCAGUUGUGUGUGUGAAUGUGUAAAUGCAGGUCAUUUGCUUUUAAAAUACCAGAGCACUGAUGGGUUCCUCCAACAGAAUUAUUGUAGUUAGUGAACUUCAGAUAUUCAGUUCAGCCACUACAUACAGUACACACAAAACUUCACUGUUUGCUCUCUACUUGUAUGUAAAUAAUAUAUAUAUAUAUAUAUAUAUAAAUCAUAAUGUUGCUUUUUUUGUUAUUAUGGUACUUUCUCUUAUAUGCUGCAAAAAUUCGACGACUUAUGUUACAAUUUGUAAUUUACAUCAUCGCUAAAUCUUUUGCUCUUGUUUUUCCUCUUGAUUCAUUUUAACAUAAGUGCAGUUCUCAGACAUACCAGGUACAGCUGGCUAUAUACUAUAUUUAAUUAAUUAACAUGUUAUAAUCAGCAAUGCUUCUCAUUUCAGUAUUUGCAGUCGUUGCUUGAUUGAUGACAGUAAGAACAUACAUGAAAUCGAAAUGCAGAUGGUCCAGGAAUCCUAAUAGUGACUGCAUAUUUCUCAUGUGCAUUUUUAAAUUAAUGAAAGAUGAGGUUAUUUCUUUUGCCCCCCUGAAAAGAUUUUUACUGUAUUUUAUUGUAUAUUUAGAGUUUUUAUUUUGAAAUGUGUACAUUUUGUGUGUGUAGCUCUUGUUGUUACUUCAGAAUGUAAAUAACUGAAAUCUUGAAUGUGAAUAAAUAUGAUGCUUUUAAAUUAU